AUGUUUUCGGAAGUUUUACUUGAAUUUGAGGAGAAAAAACUCACAUUACCCGCUCUUCCUUCGAACUUUAUCGUGGUGCAAGAAACAGGAGAUGUGCCGCUGCAAGAAUCACACUUGCAAGCGAACGUGACUCAACCAUUUGGAGUGACGAAGGUUUUAGAAGCAUACGUCACUAACUCCACAACGAUUGCUGAAGGUGAAGAUGUGAAAACGGUACAUGAUGUCACGUUAAAGUGUCUGAAUGAUCCAGGACAUCGAUAUUGGCCCGGAGAUACGAUAGGAAUUUUAUCCUACAAUACGAAUAGCGAUGUCGAGUUCAUUCUUGAUCGACUUGAUUUACAUUCCCAGUGCGACAAUGUGUGUAAUGUCGGCAUUGAUCCAAACACGACUAAAAAAGGAGCCAAACUACCGUUGUUUGUGCCUUCAGUUGUAAAUUACCGACGACUGUUCAAAGAGUGUUUGGAUCUUCAUGCGGUUCCAAAGAAACUCUUAAUUCGUUCGUUAACAACCUGCACUACGGUUGAGAACGAUCGCCGCUUUCUGGAAAUUUUAUGCUCGAAAGAAGGAAAUUCUGCGUAUGAGCGAUACGUCCAGCAGCUGCAUGGGAAGGGAAUAAUUUCACUGCUCGAGCUAGUUCCAUCAUGCCGACCAACGGCAGCAAUACUAAUAGCACACCUUCCCAGGCUUAUGCCGCGCCCCUAUUCGAUAGCUAACACAUAUCGAGAAGGCGGUGACAGCCCAGCGGUACGAUUUCUGUUCUCGCAUGACGCAAACAAUCCAGGCAUUACCACAACGUAUCUUCGAGGAUUGGAAAAAGGAGAGAAGGUGUACUUUUACUUCCGCCAGAGCAGUGCGUUCGUGUACAAGGAUACGGAUCUAAGGUGCAACAUUGUAAUGGUUGGCACCGGUACAGGAAUGUCUCCGUAUCUUUCCUUUCUCGAACGACGUGCAGAUGCUUUAGCCAAAGGUGAAACGUUGGGUCGUGCAGAAUUGUUCGUAGGAUUUCGCUACCGUGAGCGAAAUUACCUUUGCAGGGACGAAAUUAAGGAGCAUCUUAAAAUGGGCGUGUUGGAUGCUUGCUAUGAGGCGUUUUCACGAGAUACUGAAACGCAGCACAAGUAUGUGCAGAGUCAGAUGCAAGCAAAACGGGCCGAAAUCAUUGCAAACAUCCGUAACCCUCAUGCACUGUUUUACGUGUGUGGAGAUGCAAAGGUUCUGCUGCCACAAAUAACGGACACGGUGGUGAACAUACUUGCCGAAGCAUCGGAAACGGAGGAGGAGGAUAUGAAAACAUUCGUUGACGGGCUAAAGAAGGAUGGUAAAUACCGCGAAGAUGUUUGGCUGUGA